AUGUCUUACAAUAUCACCAAGUUCCCUGCAGAUGUAUCGCGACUGUUCAAACCAAGACCUCCAUUGGCAUACAAGAAACCAGUGGAUUAUCCUCUAGAGAAGCGGCAAACCUGUCCGCACAUCACUGGCGUAUCACAAAUACUCGACAAACCACUUGCUGGUUAUCUUAGUGAUUUCCCACAGGGAUCACAGAACAAAUAUCUACAGGAUUACGAAAAGGCAGCGGAUUCCAAGAACAGAGAACAACGAGAGUUGGAGAAUAAACUAAGCGAAUGGGACCCUCAAAAUGAUCCCAAUAUGAAAGAUACCGAUCCAUAUAGAACCAUAUUCGUCGGCAGAUUGCCGUACGACAUAUCAGAGGUUGAGUUGCAAAGAAAGUUCAACGAAUUUGGUGAGAUUGAAAAGGUUCGUGUUGUUAGGGACAAGAUUAAUAACCAAUCAAAGGGCUACGCUUUUAUAGUCUUUACUGAUCCUCAAAGCAGUAAAUCUGCUUGCAAAGAAUACGGACUACACAGGGGUAUCGAGAUCAAGGGCCGCACCUGUAUCGUUGAUAUAGAGAGGGGUCGCACAGUGAAAUAUUUCAAGCCCAGGAGGUUGGGCGGCGGACUAGGUGGUAGAGGUUAUACUAGGGCUGACAAGAUGGCACGACUGUCCAAUAAUCCUGCACUAAGGUACGGUGAUAGGACUUCCAGAAGACCAGGGUAUGAACCAAACAGAUUCCCACCAAACUGGGCAGCCAAGCCAAGGUAUGCGGGACCCAGUCGAUUUUCUAAUACGGCAACACCGGUGCCAUCAUCGGUACCAGCACAGGGAAGGUACAAUUCUCAGGAUAUGCCUGCACAUAGACCCGUAGGCCCAGCAGUUUCUGCCUCGCCGGUACAAACUUCUUACAGGUCGAGAACCGCUAGAGCACAAGAGACAAGACAAACACCUAAAGCAGAGGAACCGGAUUACUAA